UAUCUAGCCCCUCAUCAUCUUGGUAAAUUAGAAAACUAUCCGAAAUUCUUUGUUUCUUCACGACUUCAUCAUCGCUCACUCCAAAAAAGUAUUCUUCACCGUCACCAUCACCAUCACCACCACCACUACCGGCCGUACUCUCACCGGAAUAUUAAUCAGGAUGUCUAGGGUUACUACAUUGUUGCAAAAGGGGAAGAAAGCUCUGCAAGAUCUUGAACUGCUCAAAGUCCUGCAAUCAGAGAUCAGACAUGAGCUCUCUAAUGAUCUUUACAAGAAUGAAACCGGAUCAUUGGGAGAUUUCGUGAUCGACUGGAAUUCGCCACAUUCUAAAGACGUAGUAAUGCGGAAAAGAUGUGAAUCUGGCGAGGAGAUUGCGAUAUCUGCAUUGCUUGGUGAGGAAACCUUUGCAGAAGAUAACUUGUAUCCCAAGCAAGCUAACAUGAAGGUGUGCAUCAAGAAGAAUGGGCUGAGCUCUGUAUUGCAGUUUGAUUGUAAAGUUUUAGAUGGUCAGAACAAAAUAGACUUUCAUAUUGAAAAUGCUUAUUAUCUAAAGUCACCUACCGAUUUGGGUUCUUCGGUCUACAAAGGUCCCGAUUUUAGUGAAUUGGAUCCUGCUCUUCAACAAGAGCUGAAGCAGUACCUAAUCUCCAGAGGAAUAAGUGGCAGCCUCACCACCUUUCUGCUGCAUCAAAUCCACCACAAGGAACAAGAUCAGUACAUAAAAUGGCUGCAGAAAUUGGAAGCCAUGGUUGCAUCAAACUAACCAAAUUUGGUAAAAUGACUUGCAGGGUUAUAAUUAUAGAGUAAGGUUUCAAGUCAUAGGACAAGGUUUUGGCUCUAGGCUUAUGAUAUUUGAUUGUUGUCUAAUAUUGUUUUGGUUCGUAUUCUAGAUAUAUGGAUAGAAAACCCUUUGGGUUGGCCUGACCCGGCCGGAUAUUUAUAUGGCUGUCUAAUAUUGUUUUGGUUAAUGUUCUAGAUAUAUGGAUAAAUAACUCUUUGGGUUGGCCUGACUCGGCCCGAUAUUGAUACCGAUUUAGUA